AUGUCCACCCCAACACAUAGCGGGGACGCCCACGCCUCACUACCAGCCCAGCUGAACAAGCUCCUCUCCGAAGAGGGUGCCCGUACACCUAACGGUGGCAACAGGAUACGAAAGGACACCAUCGGCUACAAGUCCUCCCCAUUCCCUCUCAAGGCCGAGCAGCAAGCGUCCGUCACUCGAAUACUCUCUGAGAGCGGGUUUAUGCCCCAAGAACUCGUCGAUGGCGAAGUAAACUGGUUCUACAACGCUCUUGGUAUUGAGAACUCGUAUUUCCUCUGGGAAAAACCCGAGGCCAUUGCCGACCACGUCCUUGCCCUCUACUCUGCCAAACUCCUUGCCUAUACCAAGCACGACCCCGAGCAGCUCGUCAUAGACCUCGAAAAGAUCAUUCCCGAGGGUGUCGACAAGUCUCGCGAAGGUGCCGUCUGGAUUCACUCCUCCAAGGCUGGUAUCUCUGCCCGAGACGGCCCUGGCGCUGCUGUGGAGAAGCGUAUCGACGAGCUCUACCUCGACGAGUCAUCACGUGAGAAGGCGUACAGGCUCGAGACCUACCGCUCUGCCGGCAGCAUCUCUUCCACCAUCUCCCAGCAGCUCCGAUGCUACUUUAUCUCCCGAUGCUCCUUCCCCAACUCUCCCCCCGUCAAGACCCCCGAGGGCACCACCGACAUCCGUUCCGUCUCUGACGCUUCCUUCCUCGAGAAGGCUUCCGAGAACACCCUUGAAGUGUAUCAGCGCGUCAUGAACGAGGUCGAGCAGCGCUACGGACCCGUCAUCGAGAUGUUUGAAGUCGAAGACUCGCGGGAGAGGAGGAUCGUCAUUGGUUACAAGAUGGGCGGUACCCACAAGUUCUUCUCCGCCUUGUCCGACUUGUACCACUUUUACGGGCUGUACUCUGCGCGCAAGUAUGUGGAGCAGUUCUCCAACGGCGUCACCAUCAUUUCGAUGUACAUGAACCCUGUGCCCAACACAAGGGCGCCGCCUAUCGAGCACUCGAUCCACCAGGUCGUGCGAGAAGCGUCUCUGCUUUACGUCCUCCCUGACAACCCCUUCUUCUCUGUCACGGAAGACGAGACCAACCACGCCGUGCAGGAGGCGACGUACGCCUACGUCGGAUGGAUCUUUGCUCAGCACUUCUGUAACCGUCUUGGUCAGGCUUACAUUGCGUUGAAGAAUGUGCUUGACGAGGCCAACCCCGACCACGCCGAGGUUCUCAACAAGAUCAAGAUGAGGUUCAGGGAAGAGACUUUUACUCGUGAAAGCAUCAGGGAAGUCAUCCAGAACCACCCCGACUUGAUCAGGAUGCUCUACAUCAACUUUGCGAUGACCCACUACCCCGCUGCGGACGAGGCUUCCCAGCUCACCCCCACUCUCUCCUUCCAGCGCCUCAAGACCGAGCAACCCCUCUCGGACGAAGACCUGCACGCCCUCAUCCGCAAAUCCGCGGCCAACCAACACGCCGUCCAAAUCCUCGAAGCCUUCCUCAUCUUCAACCGUCACGUCCUCAAAUCCAACUUUUACCAACCGACCAAGGUCGCGCUGUCUUUCAGGCUCGACCCCUCGUUCUUGCCCGACGUCGAGUACCCAAAGAUUCCGUUUGGAAUGUUCUUUGUGGUCGGUGCCGAGUUUAGGGGUUUCCAUGUGAGGUUUAGGGAUGUGGCCAGGGGUGGUAUCAGGAUUAUCAGGAGUAGGGGCAAGGAGAACUACAACUCGAAUGUGAGGACGUUGUUUGAUGAGAACUAUGCGUUGGCUGCCACGCAAAACUUGAAGAACAAGGAUAUUCCUGAAGGUGGUGCCAAGGGAACGAUCCUUCCCAGUCUCGGUGCCAACAUCCAGCAGGCCUUUGAGAAAUACGUCGACUCUAUCAUCGACCUCUUGAUCCCCGGCACUACCCCCGGUAUCAAGGGCAAGAUUGUCGACGUCACCAAGCGCCCCGACCCCGAGAUUCUCUUCUUCGGCCCCGACGAAAACACCGCCGACCUGAUGGACUGGGCCGCCGAGCACGCUCGAUCCCGAAACGCCCCCUGGUGGAAGUCUUUCACCACCGGCAAGUCUGCCGAGAAGCUCGGUGGUAUCCCCCACGACAUUUACGGCAUGACCUCCCUCUCUGUGAGGCAGUACAUCCUCGGUGUGCUCAAGGCCCACGGGUUGAACGAGAAGGAUGUUACCAAGUUCCAGACUGGUGGUCCCGAUGGUGAUCUUGGCUCGAACGAGAUCUUGUUGAGCAAGGACAAGACGGUGGCAAUCAUUGAUGGGAGUGGUGUCCUGUAUGAUCCCUCUGGUCUUGACAGGGGAGAGCUGGUUAGGUUGGCCAAGGCGAGGAAACCUAUUGAUGGGUUCGACUCGAGCAAGCUUGGCGAGGGAGGUUACAAGGUGUUGGUGGAUGACAAGGACUUUAAGCUGCCUACCGGCGAGAUUAUCCCCGACGGUACCGCUUUCCGAAACACCUUCCACUUCCGCGUCAAGGCCGACCUCUUUGUCCCCUGCGGUGGUCGUCCCGAAGCCGUCAACAUCUCCAACGUCAACCAGCUCGUCGACGCCGAGGGCAAGCCCCACUUCAAAUACGUCGUCGAGGGUGCCAACCUUUUCUUUACCCAGCAGGCAAGGUUCUGGCUGGAGAUGAAGGGCGUGGUGCUGUUCAAGGACUCGAGUACGAACAAGGGUGGUGUGACGAGUAGUUCUUUGGAGGUGUUGGCCGGACUGGGUUUGAACGAUCAAGAGUACAUCAACCAGAUGAUCUUCAAGGACGGCAAGUCGUCACCGUUCUACCAAUCCUAUGUCAAGGACAUCCAACAAAAGAUCUGCGAAAACGCCGCUGCCGAAUACACCUGUAUCACCAAGGAGUGGUACCGCCAAAAGGGCUCCAAAGCCCGCACCACCAUCUCGGAUCAACUAUCCUCCACGCUCAACCAGCUCCAACAUCAGCUCGAGCUGAGUGAUUUGUAUGAUAACGUGGAGAGCAGGAAGAAUGUGUUGCUGCAGGCGAUCCCGAAGACUUUGGUGGACAAGGUUGGGUUGGAUGUCUUGAUGCAGAGGUUGCCCGAGCAGUACCAACGAGCUGCUUGGUCCGCCUGGGUUUCAUCGCACUACAUCUACGAGUGCUCAAUGGAAGCCUCCAACGUCGACUUCUUCCACUUCUUCUCCAAACUUUCUGUUUAG